GGGGGAGGGACAGGCAGAGUUGCCUCCUGCACACACUGUUUGCCUGAAUUAUAUCCACAAAUGCCUCGGAAGCAGCAGGCUGACUGCAUCCUUCUCAUCCCAUUCCUGGGUCUGUCCGUGCUGGUUGGUGCAGUUACCAGAACAUACCACCUUGGGAUUGUGGAAGAAUACUGGGACUAUGUACCCCAAGGGAAGAACAUUAUCACUGGGAAAAGUUUUGCAGAAGACAAACUUGCCACCUUAUUUCUCGAAAGAGGGCCGAACAGGAUAGGCGGUCUUUACAAAAAGGCUGUUUACAGACACUACACAGAUGAUACCUAUUCCACGGAGAUCCCCAAACCUCCCUGGCUUGGAUUCCUGGGCCCCAUCUUGAGGGCUGAAGUAGGUGAUGUGAUUGUCAUCCAUUUAAAAAACUUUGCUUCUCGACCUUACUCUUUGCAUCCACAUGGCGUUUUCUACAACAAAGAUUCGGAAGGAGCCCUGUACCCAGAUGGAACAUCUGGAAAAAACAAGAAUGACGAUAUGGUUCCUCCUGGCAAAAACUAUACUUACGUCUGGCCAGUAAGAGAAGAAUAUGCCCCUGCUCCAGCAGAUGCCAACUGCCUGACCUGGGUGUACCAUUCACACAUCGACGCCCCUAAAGACAUCUGCUCUGGGUUAAUUGGCCCGCUGCUGGUGUGCAAGGAAGGUGUCCUGAAUAAAUAUUCAGGGACAAGGACUGAUGUAGACCAAGAGUUCGUUAUAAUGUUUACUCUGGUGGAUGAGAAUCAAAGCUGGUACCUUGAUGAAAAUAUCAGACAUUUCUGCACUGACCCGGAUUCAGUUGACAAAGAAGAUGCCGUUUUCCGGAGGAGUAACAAAAUGCACGCUCUCAAUGGAUACCUCUUCGGAAACUUCCCUGAGCCUGAUAUGUGUGUUGGUGAAUCAGUGUCCUGGCACUUAUUUGGGAUGGGGAAUGAGAUAGACAUCCACUCUAUCUAUUUUUAUGGUAACACCUUCAUCAGCCGAGGGCAUCGGACUGAUGUGGUCAACCUGUUCCCAGCCACCUUCCUGACAACAGAAAUGAUAGCUGAAAAUCCUGGGAAGUGGAUGAUAACCUGUCAAGUCAGUGAUCACCUACAAGCUGGUAUGCUGGGGCAAUACAAUGUUGGUAACUGCAGAAAUGAUAUUUCUCAUCCCAAGAUGAAGACGAAGAUGAAGGGUCAUCAGAGGCGCUACUUUAUAGCAGCAGAAAAAAUUAUUUGGGAUUAUGGUCCUCAAGGCUAUAACAAAUUCAGUGGUCUUCCCCUAAAUGCCUCUGGCAGUGACUCCGAAUUCUACUUCGCACAAGCAGACAACAGGAUAGGAGGAAAAUAUUGGAAGGCUCAGUAUGUGGAGUAUGUUGAUGCAACUUUUACUCAAAGAAAGAGACUCUCUGAGGCAGAAGCCCAUCUUGGAAUUCUUGGCCCAGUCAUCAAGGCAGAGGUGGGAGAUAUCCUGUUAGUGACCUUUGCCAACAAAGCUGACAAAGUUUACAGUAUUUUACCCCACGGCGUGGUCUAUGACAAGGCUUCUGAUGCAGCCCCAAACAUAGAUGGAUUUCUGAAACCAGGGGCACACGUUAAGCCAGGUGAAACUUUCACAUACAGAUGGAUAGUGCCUGAAAGUGUAAGCCCAACAGCUGAUGAUCCUCCCUGCCUGACUUAUCUUUACUUCUCAGCAGUUGAGCCAAUCAAGGACACCAGCUCUGGCCUUGUAGGGCCUUUGCUAGUCUGUAAAAAGGGUGUUCUCAAUGCUGAUGGGACACAGAAAGGAAUAGACAAGGAAUUUUAUCUACUAUUCACAGUCUUCGAUGAAAAUCUGAGCAGGUAUCUUGAUGAAAACAUUCAGAAGUUUACCUGGCGUCCCUCCAGUGUUGACAAAGAGGACAAAGAGUUUGUGAAGUCUAACCGGAUGCAUGCUAUUAAUGGCUAUAUGUACGGCAAUCAGCCAGGCGUAAACAUGUGUAAAAAGGAUAGAGUUUCCUGGCACAUGAUUGGAAUGGGCACUGACACCGACAUGCAUGGAGUUUAUUUUCAAGGCAACACCAUUCACAUCCGAGGGACUCACCGCGACACCCUGGCCCUGUUUCCCCAUACCUCUAUGACGGCAUUCAUGCAGCCAGACCAUGCAGGUAUUUUCAUGGUGUUUUGUUCUACCAUGCACCACUUCACAAGAGGCAUGAGUCAAAUAUAUGAGGUCAACAGCUGUGGCAACAGGGACCCUUCAGAGCAGCCGUAUGGGAUGAUAAGAACCUUUUACAUCGCUGCUGAAGAGGUAGAAUGGGAUUAUGCCCCUAACAAAAACUGGGAGUUCGAAAAGCAGCACUUGGACGCAGGAGGGGAAAGACACGGAGAUAUAUUUAUGAACCACACUGAAAACUGGAUUGGCUCUCAGUACAAGAAGGUGGUUUACAGGGAAUACACCAAUGGAGAAUUUGUGGAGAUCAAAGCCCGGCCACCGCGAGAGGAGCACUUAGAACUGCUGGGCCCAAUGAUACAUGCUGAGGUGGGUGACUCUAUCCUGAUCAUAUUCAAGAACAAAGCCAAUCGACCCUACUCCAUCUCAGCCCACGGUGUGGAGAAUAUGGAUAGUGAGAAGCGACUCCAAGUGCCUAUGACAAAGCCAGGAGAAAUAAAAACUUAUAGAUGGAAUGUCCCUAAAAGGUCUGGUCCAGGGCCAUCUGACCCAAAUUGUAUUCCAUGGGUUUACUAUUCAACAGUAAACUUUGUGAAGGAUACAUACAGUGGUUUGAUAGGUCCUCUGAUUAUAUGCAGAGAAGGAGUGUUGAAUGAAAAGGGAAGAAGAAGUGAUGUUGAUUAUGAAUUUGUUCUCUUGUUUUUGAUAUUUAAUGAGAAUGAAUCUUGGUAUCUGGAUGACAAUAUUAAGAAGUAUCUCAAUAAAGACCCAAGAGAUUUUAAGCACACUGACGAUUUUGAGGAGAGCAACAGAAUGCACGCUAUUAAUGGAAAGAUAUUUGGGAAUCUCCACGGCCUCAUCAUGAAUGAAGAUACAAUGACAAACUGGUAUUUGUUAGGAAUAGGAAGUGAAGUGGACAUUCAUACCAUCCAUUAUCAUGCUGAGAGCUUUCUUUUCAAAAUAGAUAAAUCUUACCGAGAAGAUGUUUAUGAUCUCUUUCCUGGGACAUUCCAAACCAUCGAACUGUUUGCAGAUCACCCAGGGACAUGGCUGUUACACUGUCAUGUAUCUGAUCACAUCCAUGCUGGCAUGGAGACAACCUACACAGUCCUUCGGAACAUAGACAACAGGAUCCCCUACUCCACCAAGUCUCCUUCUGGAGGAGCAUCCCACCCGGCCACUGUGCCCUCCAAUGAAGAACCCGACAAGGAGCAGCUCUAUUUCUUUGGCAAAAAUCUGGGUCCUAGAGGAGCCAAAGCAGCCUUGGUUAUUCUUUUCAUCAUCGGACUCCUCCUCCUGAUUGUCACCGUGAUUCUCUCCCUCAGACUGCGCUCUGCAAGGAAGCAGGUGGCAUAUCGGGAAGUCCAGUCCUGCGCGCUCCCCACGGAUGCUCUGUGAACUGGCUUGCCCUCCUC